CUGCGGCGGCUACGGCAGCAGCGGGCGGGGGCGGGGCGGAGGAGGCGGGGGCGGAGGGGGCGGGGUGCGGGCCGGCGGCGGUGGCGGUGGCAGCAUCAAAGAGCUCCGAUUCCUAGAGCCCUGGGAGCCAUGCGCUGCUGUCUGUAAUGUCAGCGGAACAGGAGAAGGACCCCAUCGCGCUGAAGAGAUCUCGAGGUGGUGACAGUGGAUUGGAUGGGUUAGGAGGACCAGGAGUUCAGCUUGGAAGCCCUGAUAAGAAAAAGCGCAAAGCAAAUACACAGGGAUCAUCAUUUCCUCCUCCAUCCGAAUAUGCUCCACCACCGAAUCCAAGCUCUGACCACCUUGUAGCUGCAAAUCCAUUUGAUGACAACUAUAAUACUGUGUCUUAUAAACCACUUCCUUCAGGAAAUCCAUAUUUUAGUAAUCCUGGUUAUCCUGGCUUUGGAGGCUAUAGCACUUUCAGAAUGCCACCCCACAUGCUGCCCAGAGUGUCCUCACCAUAUGGUGGUUCUUACUCCCUCAGAAACCAACCGCAUCCCCUUCCUCAAAAUCCUGUGGGAAUGGGUUUUAGUCGACCCCACUCUUUCAGCUUCGGUCCACAUGAUAACCCAGGUUUUGGGAAUCAGCCACCUUAUAGUAGUGGUCAGAUAAAUCAAAAUGUCAGUAUGCCUGGUCAGCAUUUCAGACCAAAUCCUGGUGAGAACUUUGUCCAUUCUGGUCAGAUGCCUCACCCUGAUGUGCCGUCUAACUUUGGCCCUGGAAACAAUCCAAAUUUUCCAAAUUCUCAGCUAGAGUCAAACCAUUCUUUUGCUCCUCCACCAAACACUUACAAUCAGACAAAACCGUCAGCACAAAAGCAAGACUUUAGUCAAGGUGCAAGCAAAGCAUCCAACCAGAACACUGUUGCUCAUCAGCAUCAUCACAGGACAGAGGACAUUGUGAGUCAAGGGAACAGUGACCUCAAAAAUGUCACUCGAAACAAUGUGGUAAAUCAGGAUAAUAGCCAUUCUAACAGUGCCGAUAACACUAAUGCUGGUCAUUCAAAUGGGACUCAGAGUAAGUCCCGCCAGCCUCGAGGUACUGCUGAAGGAUGCAACUCUGAAAAGAGCAGCAAAACACCCUUUCAUCCCAGUCGUCAUGGUCACUCGUCCUCUGAACCUGUCUAUCCAUGUGGAAUUUGUACACAUGAAGUUAAUGAUGACCAGGAUGCCAUCCUGUGUGAAGCCUCUUGUCAAAAAUGGUUUCAUCGGAUCUGUACAGGCAUGACUGAGUCAGCUUAUGGCCUUCUUACAGCAGAAGCAUCAGCAGUAUGGGGCUGUGAUACUUGCAUGGCUGACAAAGAUGUCCAGUUAAUGCGCACAAGAGAGACUGCAGGGCCACCUGCAUUGAAUACAGAUGGCUAACAACGGGAAUUGGUGGUAGCGAUUGAAAUACUUGCUAUGAAGACUUGGUUACAAAUUGGGUACUUCACUUUCUGCAGACAAUCAAUUGUGUUUGAUUGCUGUAAUCUCUUUUUCCCUAAUCUGUUUUUGUUCAUAAACUGCCAACCUAGCUUUUGUACUCAUAGUUUUAUGUGUGGACAUGUUUUACAGGAUGGAAUAUUUUUUUUUGUUUCUCACUAAACUGUAAAACGUAACUGACAACUUAUCAGAAGUAGGAUGUACAUUGGUAAUUUUAUCAAAGGCAAAAAUGUGCCUGUAUGAAUAGCCUGUAGUUUGCUAGUGUUAAUAUGUUUGCUAACACUAGCAUUUAGUUCUUGGCUUUAAUGGUACUAUAUUUGCAAAUACUCAUUACGUUUUAUUUUUUUGGGUCAAUGUCCAUUACUGAUAUUCUUGCUAUCCUUUUUUUUUUAAUUUAGUAGGGAUGACAUGGAGGAAUGUGCAGUACUAAUAGUUUUAUUUUAGUGUAAAUCAUAUGUGCUUUUUCCUAUUUUUGAAGUAAAGCAUUAACACACUAUUCAAAAAUUGAUGACUUCAUGCUUAGUAACUCACAGUGAAACCUGCCAGCUUUUACGCAUUUGUGUUUCCUUGAAAAGGCAAUGAUCUCUUUCGACUUUUCAGCAAAUACUUGCUGAAGACUCUUGCUAGGUCUUGCAAUAUUUGGAAAUAGUUCCAAAUAUGUUUACAUUGGAAAAAGAACACAUCAAGUUUAUGAAGUCCAGGGCUUUAAAUCUAGAGAGUACCAAAGCACAUACAUCAGGAUACAGUCUCUGCAUCUGUAACGGUUGUGCAAUCAUGCCCCUCUCUCAUCCUUUCUCAUUGAUGGUUCUAGUCUCCCACCUCAGUGCUGCCGGAGAGUCAUGAAUGAACUAGUGCAGGGAAAGUCCUGCCCAUCUUCUAGGGCUUUCAGCUGGAGCCUGCUCUGUCAUCCUGAGCUCGCACAGUCCUCUUGGCAUGAAGGAGCGCGCAAGGCAGCGCGAUGUGCUCAGCACAGGCUCUGAAUUGCAAGAUAAUUUGGCCAGCAGAGUGUUAAAACUGAAUUCCUACAACUGCCUCAGCAAGUCUUGCAGCGAGGGGGUGGAAAAUCUAGGGUGAAGAACACACAUCAGGUGUGUUUAGCUCAUAUUGGGAGCAAGGAAUCAGAAGUUUAGCUUCUUUGCGAAAUGAUAUCCUACUGACAAGUAUGAAUAGCAUUAGAGCUUCGUGUGCUAAGCAUUCUAUUUUAAUAUGGGUAAUUUGAUCUUAUUCUUGAUCUCAAAUAUGCACCCCCCCCUUUUUUUUAAUGUGGGGAAACAUCUAGUCUUGAAGACUUCAGCCUUCGCAGGGUGAUAAAGUUGCAUAUGCAACUGAGUGUUUCUGUAGAAAGAAGUGCUGUUUUAACUUAAUAAAAACGGUAGCACUGUAAUAACAGACUCUGCUUGUAAUACCACUGUGCUGGAAACUUCUAGACUGUCAGCAGUUAAAUCAUAUGUCAAGCAUUACAGGUUCUAGUCAUGUUCCUUAAUGUGAUAAAUUGUUCAGAUCUAUGGUGAAGAGUGAUGUAGGAACCUAUAUAGAAUAGAGUCAUCUAUAUAGAGAGGUAUUUUUUAUGGUAAGCUAUGCUCAUGAGUGAAAAGGCCUGUUUGCUAGUUCACCAUUGUGUUUUAUUUUAAACAGGCUCUACUGUGGUCUGUAAGAUACUGUGCAGAUCUACAUAACUGUCCCAUACUCUCUUACUGGAGAAGUGCAGUAUUGCCUUCCUUUUUUGUCUAUCUUUAGAUAGAUUUGUUCCUCUGGGAAUCAGUUCAAUCUCUGCAACAAUUUGCACUGUAAAGGUAGUGGAGCUGGUUCAGGCAUACAGCAAUGUAAAUUAAAUACAAAAUUUUGCUCCGUGAAAAUUCAACAAAACCUGUGAUUAUGAUACUGGUAUCCAAGUGUGCUGUUGACAAUACCUUUCCCAUUCCCAAACGCCAUUCCUGUUGUGAGAUUAUGUUCGGGGCAGCUGUUCUUUAAAGUCCAAUUAAUAUUCUAUCAUUUUGGAGCAGACAUUCUAUAUUAGCUAGCAAGAUACUAGAAUUUAAAUAUAGUGAUUUUGCAAACUUAAAAUCAACUGGAAUAUUAUUUCAUAAGGCCUUACAUUGUAUGUUUACAAAAGGUACUCUUAACAAUUUACUUCAGUUUUUCUAAACUAGUACUAUAUUGGGUUUGUAACCCAGUACAUUUUCUGUGUUGUUUAACCUACAAAUUCAAGACAUUAGCAAAUGCCAAUUAUAUCAAAUAAAACCAAAAGAACAACAAAACCAAACUUGUUAUCACACUGAUCAUAGAGAUAUGACUGAUGAGGAUCUCCAGAAGUCAUCCAGUCAGCGUGCUUGCCCUACUGGUGCACUCUUGGCAUACCUGGAAUCUUUAUCUCGAGAGAGGGUUAUACUUUGUUUUUCUCUGCAUGUAUUGACUAGUAGUACUUCAAGUAUGCACAGGAAAAACAACCACCAUGUUUUGUUAGUAAGGAACUAGGAAAAUGUCAGCUGGUUAGAAUUAGAAAUUAGUUAUAGACGGGUGGGCGGGACGGAGGGCUGUUUAGCAUAGGUGAGGGGUUUUGUAAUACUCUACAGGCAACAAUUUGUAUUGAACUAUCGUGUGCUUCUUUCAUUACUAGUGAUUUAGACUGUACUGGUGCUGCACACCAAAAAUAUUGCAAAGAUUUUGUAAAUCUUACAGACCUUAACAUUUUUGUGGGAAGUGCCUGUGUCCUUUUUAAGUAGCUCCUUGUUAUGGCCAGAAAUGCAGCCUAUAUUGCCUAAAAUGUCCUUUUUUUUUUUUUUUUAAAUUUAUUUCCCCUAGGCUAAAAUAAAUAGGUAUCAUCUGGAUUGAACUGUCCUUAAUACUUAGUUUUGUGUUUGUUUGUUUAUUUGUUCCAGAGACAAGUUUUAAAUGAGAAAAUACGUAAUUUUCUCGUUAAGAUACUUGUUUUAUUGGUGUUAGGGUAGGUGACAGUGCUGCAUACAGGCUAGCCGCUAGAGGGUAGCUAUCAAAAACCCUGUUUCUGGUUGUUUUAGUGAUCCCUUCUACAACUUGAGACAAGCAGGUUAACUGCUUCAGUCUCCUCUGUCAGAAGAUCAGGCUAAUGCUUCCCAGGGUGUUUAGAGGCCUAUUUAUUAUUUGAGAUCUUCAGAUGAAAGAGACGAGAGAAAAGUAAUUAAGUUUGCUUGAUUUAAAACAAAAAUGUAAUUUUGGGGCUGCUCAAAGAAAAAUGUUCUUUGUGACCUCUGAAGUUUUUCAUCGGAGAACCAGUCUUGUAAUCGCAUUUUGCAGGCUUCACUUGAAGCAAGUGAGAAUUGACAAAGUCAGUGGAACUGCACGCACACAGUCAAUAACAUUGCAAAGUCUGUGCAGUUCGGGACAUAUGAUAUUUGCAAGUGAAAUGGUUUUUAUGGUUUGAGUUCUUUACAAAAUCAGUGGUGUUCAUAUACAUGUAGCACCUCUUUAACAUUUGUCUUUAUUCCAACUUAAUAGAAUAAUACAUCCGCAUUAAAUAUAUCUCCUUCAUUUUAUAAAUAAACAUUGCCUGGCAGUAGAAGUAUUGGUGUAACAUUUUUUAAAAAGGAAGUGAGGCUUCUCAUCAUGUUGUAUGUGACUUAAAUGACUGUUUCAUAUUAAAACUAAUCUUUCCUUAUGUACUGCUUAAAUAUACCUGUUUUGGCAUAUCAGUUCAGUACUUUUUAUACAAUCUUGAAUGUGUUCCACAUUGGUGACAUGUAUUUUUGCAACAACUUUUUUGUUUUGACUUUAAAUUAGAGCAUGUCUGAAGUAAUACAUGCAGUAGUGCUGUGGUGUGUGGCAAAGUUAAUGUAUGUAAUUCAAAUUGGAAGAAAGUUUCCAGACUUUGUCCAACAUUAGCCUUGUGGCCAGGGAUUAAAUUACUAUGUAAUACCAAUUAUUUCAUAUCAUGAUGUGGUUUAAGCUACUCUAUGAAGUAUGUGAAAUACUAUUGUUUAGGGAUUGGUAGCUGGCGUGGUGUCUUGCAUAGAAGGAGGUAUGAUAGAUGGUAGCAAUUCAUGGCAAUUAAAACUGACUACCUUUCUGAACACUCAUCACUUAUGUGCAUUCUAAUCUUGUUGCUGUAACUGUUAGUAUGAAUUUCUUAAUAUUAUCCACUGACAAAUAGUUGAACAUUUGGUAAUAAGCUCAAGUGUUUGAAAAUUCUAUUCUAAUGCUCUUUACUUGGUUUAUAAAACAUGUAUUUUUUUUUAAUCUAUUGGAUGUGAUUAGAUACAUGCAGGAGUACGUAGAACUGCAUUCUAAAAUUACUCUGCAAUUACCGAGUUUUGUCUGAAGCUUUCUAUAUUAGAAUAGACUGUUCCUUAAAACUGGAAAAUUAAGUGUAUUUAGCAGAACUCUUAAGGCAAUAUAACUAUCUUACACUACAAUUUGAGUUAUGCACAUUCACUUCUCUGUAUGGAACUCCUCUGAUUUCUUGUUGGCUUAUGCUUGAUAUGGGAAUACAGGGUCCUUUUAGUGCCCUAGUGUUGUGUGUCAUCAGUCCUGAGGUAAUGAGCUUUGAAUGAUGUUCAGCCCCUUAGAGGUGCUGCCUGUAGCUUUGAGUAUUCAGUGUCGCCCUUAGUUUCCUGGUUCAGAAAUGGCUUAUCCCAACACCAUAGGGAAAACCUAUUUUAGUAUUGUUUGCCAUAUGUGAUUGAUUUUCUUUUUCAUGUUCAAACAGUCUGUCUGUCUCAAAAUAUUUUUUUGAUCCAACUCAACCUUUUUACUCUGAGGUUUGUGCACUGUGACUUAGGAAUUGCUGUAUUGGAUCCCGUUUCCGAUCGGAAUAACGAAAGAUGUGUCUAUUCCUAGACACUCGUCUCAUCAGCUAAAGGAUGGUCUAAAUCUGAAGUUCACAUAAUUUAAUUUUAAAUAAUUGUUUUUGUCUCCUUUCUUGAUAGCUUUUUCUGAAAUGUGAAAUAAUAUGGUGUUAUUGAGGAAUUUUUGCUUGAAAGACAAUCUCUCCACCAAGCUUUUGCAUGUGGCCUCUAGAGCAGACACUCUUCUUUAGGGGCUUCUGACUUGGAAUUUUUUUUGUCUGCAUUCUCUUUUCAGUGUUAAAGACAAGUUGAAUAAGGCAAGUUACCAAUCUACUGCCAUCCAAACAAUGCAAAAUACAAGCUGAUUAAGAUUGUUGACUUUUUUUUUUUUGUUAAUAAUGUGAUAUUUUUACCUUGAGAAGAACAUAUAUUAGAAUCUGAUUCAAGUGUUCUUGGAAAAUGUAUAUGGUAUAUUUUGUCCAGCACUGUAUGUAACUUCAUUGCUUUCUGUUGUCUGGUUUCAGUUUCUUUUAAAAUAAAGAUAAUUUUUGCGGGGAA